AUGGCCAAUGAGAAAGCCAAGGAAGGAGUCAACACUGAGGACAAUGAUCAUAUUAAUAUUAAUGAUCAUAUUAAGUCUGUGGGGCAGGAUGGUUCUGUGGUGCAGUUUAAGAUUAAGAGGCAUAUACCACUUAGUAAACUCAUGCAGGCUAUUUUGGAAAUGGAAGAUGAAGACGCAGUUGAUGUGUUCCAGCAACAGACACGAGGUGUCCACUGA